AUGAAAUUUGAUCAAUGUGCUGCAACUGUAGAAGGUCUAGUUCAAUCAGUAUCUGUAAUAAGUGAUAAAUUUGAUGAAAUUUCAACAAAAGUUGAAGACCUGGAAGGAAAGUAUAUGAAGAUAAACAAAGAAAACAAAUUUCUAAAGGAUGAAGUUUUUCGACUAUCGAACAGCUUGAACUCUCUUAAAGAAGACAUUGACAAUUUCGAACAAUAUUCUAGACGCGAAUGUAUUGAAGUAAGUGGUGCACCUGUUACCACUGAUGAAGACACAAGUGAUCUAGUUGUUGAACUGGGUUCAAUUAUUGUUUUAAAUAUCAAAAGAGAAGAUAUUUCCGUCAGCUAUCGCUUGCCUGUCAAAAUGUAUGGUCAAGCAAUCCAGAAUAAAGAUGCAUUAAAUCCUGGAAGGUCUAAUAUUCCAAGGAUUAUAGUCAAAUUCGUACGUAGAGAAAUCAAAGAUUAAUUUUAUCACGGCCGUAAAAAAUUAAAAGACAAAACCACGAGAGACCUGGGAUUGUGACGAUUCGCAGAAAACAAAAUUCACAUAUCGGAAAGUCUCAGUCGAAGAAAGAAAGAAAGAAAGAAAGAAUUAUUUAACGAGUGCCUCAAAUUUAAGCGUGAAUGGCAUUUUAAGUUCAUAUGGACAAACUCUGGGAAGAUUUAUCUUCGAAAAGAUUCGACAAGCCCUGUAAGAAUAAUAUCUUCACUCCAGAAUCUGGAAGAUCUACGACCAUAAUGUGGUUUCUACAACAAGAUAAGUACUUCAAUGUAACAAUGAUGUUCUUUAAAGACCCUAUUAAAUUAUUCAUUAUUGCUUUUUAUUUAAACGAUGUGUGACAGAAAUGAUAUUUCUUAUUUAACGUCAUUACCUAGACUUGAAAUAUCUUCAAAUCUAAACAAUAUCCCAAAUCUAUCGGACUUUGAUAUUGAAAGGAACAUUACGCCUCAGAUUAACUUUAAUUAUUAUGCAAUUGACGAUUUUGUGAAUUAUCAUGAAAUAGGCAAUCUAAUUUGCAGAGAUUCACUUUCGGUAUUGCAUUGUAAUAUUAGAAGUUUAGCAGCUAAUUUUGAUAAUCUAACUUGUUUCUUGUCAGACGUGCAAUACCAAUUUGAUAUUGUUGGCCCUUUCAGAAAUCAAAUUUAAUGUUUGCUGCCGCAGCGAGCGAGCCUUCAGCGAGCGAGCGAGGCAGCAGAUCCUAAUUCAUGUAGCUGGCAAAAUUCUCAAUUUUUGAUUGACUGCAGAUAGACCCACAAUGCAAUUUCACAGGACCCAAAAUGCAAUGCGCGAUAUUAAUAUAAAAUAAGGCGAUGCACUUCCUGCAUUCUUUUACGAUUGCUCUCUUGACUGGUUUGUUGCUACUUUCUCUGGCGAAGACAGCAUUCGAAAAUUACAAACGUGAGUAUUAAUAUAUGGGUUUUUUUUUUUAGUUUAUCUUGCUUUGAAAGACUUUUAUAGUAGAAAUCUUCCUAUGUUUACAAAAUUAUUUUAUCAAUAGACUUGUGAGGUUAUGUCAUUUUAAUAUAUAUAUAUAUAUAUAUAUAUAUAUAUAUAUAUAUAUAUAUAUAUAUAUAUAUAUAUAUAUAUAUAUAUAUAUGUGACAAAUGCCAGUACUCUGCUCAGCCGACAAGACUUCAUAUGUAACAAACAGAACGGCUACGUUUGAAGAAGUUUAUUAAAAAAAGUAUAUUAAAUACAAAAACUAAAUUUUCGGCUGCAUGCCACAGCCUUCUUCAGAGUGAAGAAGUGAAGAAGGCUGUGGCAUGCAGCCGAAAAUUUAGUUUUUGUAUUUAAUAUACUUUUUUUAAUAAACUUCUUCAAACGUAGCCGUUCUGUUUGUUACAUAUAUAUAUAUAUAUAUAUAUAUAUAUAUAUAUAUAUAUAUAUAUAUUAAUAUAUACAGUUCUGGUUUCUUAAUAUAUCUCAUAGUGCUUUAAGAGUGUUUAGUAUGGCUUGCAGUAUGGUUAUGUUCUACAAUUAUUUGUGUCUGUUGUAUAUUUUAUAGGCAAUUUGAAUUUGAAGCGUUCUGUGUUGCAUUUUGGAAACCGUUUUUGCUGCGCUCAAGACGGACUUUGGCCACUGUGAGUUACAGAUUAUAGACAUUAUAUGGUUUUGGUUUCUUAGUUUAUCUCAUAGUGCUUUAGUUAACAGUGUUUAGUGGGGCUUGUAUAUAUCUUUUUUUUACAAAUAUAUGUUUUUUUACAAUUAUUUGUGUCUGUUGUAUAUUUUAUAGGCAAUUUGAAUUUGAAGCGUUCUGUGUUGCAUUUUGGAAACCGGUUUUGCGGCGCUCAAGACGGACUUUGGCCACUGUGAGUUACAGAUUAUAGACAUUAUAUGGUUUUGGUUUUUUAGUUUAUCUCAUAGUGCUUUAAUUAACAGUGUUUGGUGGGGCUUGUACAUAUAUAUUUUUUUACAAAUAUAUCUUUUUUUUACAAUUAUUUGUGUCUGUUGUAUAUUUUAUAGGCAAUUUGAAUUUGAAGCGUUCCUCGUGGUGCAUUUCGGAAACCGGCUUUGCGGCGCUCAAGACGGACUUUCGCCACUGUGGGUGACAGAUUAUAUGGUUUUGGUUUCUUAGUUUAUCUCAUAGUGCUUUAAUUAACAGUGUUUAGUGGGGCUUCUAUAUAUCCUUUUUUUUUACAAAUAUAUCUUUUUUUACAAUUAUUUGUGUCUGUUGUAUAUUUUAUAGGUAAUUUAAAUUUGAAGCGUCCUGUGGCGCUCAAGACGGACUUUGGCCACUGUGAGUUAUAGGUUAUAUGGUUUUGGUUUCUUAGUUUAUCUGAUAGUGCCUUAACUUUUUUUAGUGGGAAUUGUAUAUAUCUUUUUUUUUACAAAUAUAUCUUUUGUUUACAACUAUUUGUGCCUGUUGUAUAUUUUAUAGGUAAUUUGAAUUUGAAGCGUCCUGUGUUGCAUUUUGGAAACCGGUUUUGCGGUGCUCAAGACGGACUUUGACCACUGUGAGUUACAGAUUAUAGACAUAUCAUUAUAUGGUUUUGGUUUCUUAGUUUAUCUCAUAGUGCUUUAAGGUUACAGGACACCCUUUUUGGCGUUUUGCGGAAAAUCGCUGCUGUGCGCUCAAUAUCAGUCCGAUUUUCAUCAAAUUUUCACCAAAUGUUCUCCAGUGCAUGCAAAAUAUGAUAAAGUUGUAAAAUUAACAAACAAUAAAAUAAUGUAAGAAUUAUUCAGGAAAAUCUUAAAUCGCGGUAUCGUUACGCUUUCGAGUUGUGCUCCUGCUGCUUUUAAGUUAUAUUUACGAAAAUAUAAUUUUUAUACAGUAAAAUAGUUGUUCUAAAAAAUCGUGUUCGGAAAUUUUUGUUUAUUUCGUCAUUCCGCUGAUAUGGCGAUUUCUUUGACGACUGCAAUAUAUUUCUGAAUUGUUUGAGUGAAUUGCUCUUUAUUUUUAAAAUAUCCAAAAUUAAAAAAAAGCCGAACACGGUUUUGAAACUAACGUCUUUAGCUAUGUCCUGUGAAAAUUUGCGAAAAAUUGGUUAAAACCCGCAGGAGCACAAUACGUUUGAAAAUCAGAAAUUACCGUAAACUUUUUCGGGAGAAAAUUGAAUUUGAAUAUUACAUUUGCAAUGUUUUUCUUAUUGCAGCGAAAUGUAUUUUAUUAAAUAACUCUGCGAGUUUUCAACAUUUUUCGUUCAAACUUGGUCAGAUAGUAGAACUUGUUUAAUGCUUUCAUGGAAACCAAUAAAAAAAUUUUAGGCAAAAUUAACACUCAAAGGUGUUCUGUAACCUUAAUUAACAGUGUUUAGUGGGGCUUGUAUAUAUCUUUUUUUUACAAAUAUAUCUUUUUUUUACAAUUAUUUGUGUCUGUUGUAUAUUUUAUGGGCAAUUUGAAUUUGAAGCGUUCCUCGUGUUGCAUUUCGGAAACUGGUCUUGCGGCGCUCAAGACGGACGUUGGCCACUGUGAGUUAUAGAUGAUAUGGUUUUGGUUUCUUAGUUUAUCUGAUAGUGCCUUAGCGGUGUUUAGUGGUGCUUGUAUAUAUCUUUUUUUUACAAUUAUUUGUGUCUGUUGUAUAUUUAGGCAAUUGGAACUUGAAGCAUCCUUGUGUUCAGACGUGUUGCAUUUUGGAAACCGGUUUUGCGGCACUCAGACGGACUUUGGCCACUGUGAGUUAUAUAUUUAAAACGUAGUUUUAAAUUCUUACUUUAUCCUGCUUUAAAAGUAUCUAUAAGCGCUUUCAGAUAUUGUUAUUUGUUAUUUUUUAUAACUAAUUGGAAGUUAAAGGUUUUGCUGUGGGUGCCUGUGGGCACUCAAUAGACUUUGGUCUUUUUGGCCACGGUCACGUCUGCGAGUUCUAAUUAUUUUAUUUAGUUUUGCUUUCUCAGUUUAUCACUAAUCAUUAGUAGUUAUAGACCAAUUGCGAAACUUAGUGACCGCGCCUUAAACUGCACGAAAACGAGGUUUAUUAUGCAAAAACAAAUCAUUCUGCUAUAUUUUUAUAUGGCGAAAGAUGAAUUUCAGUGUUUGAGACGCGUUUUUAUGGUAAUAUCUUCAUUUUUUUUCAAUAUUUUUGUUUUGACCAUGUAAAUCUUUAUUAAUUUAAACUUGUUCAUAGAUUUAGUCUUACUUCAAAUUUCAUUGUUUUUUGCGGCGUGCGAGGCAAAGUUUUGCUGUUUUUCGCCGUCCGAUAAAAGAAGCAGAUUAUACCAGAGAAAGAAUCAGGUAUUUUCCGUCUGUUUUAUUAAUACAUUUCAAAGAAUAAGUUGUAACAUUGAUUAAUUUUGUUUCAGUUGUAAUAUAACAGCAAGUUUUCGGUUUUAACUUUAAAAAUAUGAAAGUAAAUGUCGGGCAAAAUUUGUAGAAAUUUUAUGUUAUUAUCCUUUGACAAAAUCGUUUUUUUCUCGCACGAAGUCUAAAAAAAUAUGGGUAGAAAGAGUUAUAUUUUAGUUUGUUAAGUUAUACUGGCUAUUUUAUUUGCAUCUUGAUCAGAUUUUAAAGUCUAGAUUGAUCUUUUCCACAUGUUUGUUUCAUCGCAUGCUAAAACAACAACGAAAUAUCUCUCCAAAGCGGGUAAAAAUAUAGUGGGAAAUCGAUGUUUAGAUAAAUUUAACAAAUAUUUAUAUAACCUAGCACGAAAUAUUAAGGAAAGAUCAAAGAGAUUCAAGAAAAAACACUUUAAAAACCCUCAAAUUCACCUUUUGCUAUAUAAAAAUAUAGAAAUUGUUUUGUUUUUGCAUAAUAAGCCUCGUUAUCGUGCAGUAUGAAGGCGCGGCCACUAAGUUUCGCAAUUGGUCUAUAUUUGGCGUGUUUUUUUUUAUUAUAUAUCUACGCCUUGCUUCCCGUGCGGUUCAUUACCGUUUGUGCGUUCUGUAUAAUAAUAAUAAUAAUAAAAAUAAUAAGCGUUUAUUUAAACACGAUAUUAAGUACAGCGUGGCUGAAGUGGUCGUGAGUAUACUAGUUAGAUAAUAGUUGAUAAAAUAAGUUAAAUUUACUAUUCAGUUUCGGUUUCUUAGUUUAUCAUUCACGUGUAGUUAGAUUUGGCAUGGUUUUAAUCUACGCCUCAUUUCCAGUGGUUCGUUACUGCUCGCUUCUUUAAAUUUGGUGUGAUUUUAUAUCUACGCCUCGUUUCAUGUGGUUCAUUACCGCUCGUUUGUUUGAAGUUGUUUUAAACUGUUUUAAAAAGUUUUAUUGAAUAUGUCAUCUUUAGGCAACCAGUUGCCUUUCACUCCACUUAAUGAAAAUUCUCAAAACUUUAUGUGUUCUCUGUUAGAUUUACCCCUGAUUUCUAAGCACAAAAUUCAACAUCCAAAAGUGCUUAAAAAUGCUCAGCCAGCCAAAAUACACAAUAUACAUGGUGACGGUAACUGUUUAUUUCGUGCACUGUCUUUUGUGAUAACUGGUCGACAAAUUUAUCAUGGUUUAGUUAGACAAAAUAUUUUAAAUCAUAUGAGAGAAAUUGAAAAUCUGUUACAUCCACAUAUGAAUAUGUCCUUAGAUAUGUAUCUUGCACACAGUGGAAUGGCUAAUGAAGCAGUGUGGGGAACUGAUGUUGAAAUUUUAGCGGCUAGUUCUUUGCUUAGCACAGACAUUCAUGUUUAUACUAAAGUUGGUAGUGAAUUAAAAUGGCAUAAAUUUUCAAUAUCGAAUUUAGAUGGCUCACACCCACAAAAUAAUGGUGCAAUUUAUAUUCAACAUACAAAUGAGGUACACUAUGAUGUUGUGCUUGAUGUGACAGCAAAUGAGCAAUGGCAACAGCAUGUUUAUAAGAGGAAAGCAGAAGAUCAAACACACUUAAAUUUAGGCAAUAGUGUUGCUUAUGAACCAGCCUGUAAGAGGAGCAAAAUAAUUGUUGCAUCGCAGAAAAAAGCUAAUUUUGUUAAGGAAAAAGAAUGUGCUGACAAUAGUAAUAGAACAGAAACAGUACCUGAUAAUGCAGAAAUAUGUUUGAUAAACACUAAAAAACAAUUAAACAGUAGCACACAAAUGCAUGAGAAACAAAACUUAAACAUUGCUGAGCCAAACAUAAUUCAAUAUGGGCAAUCUGAAAAUAUUUUCGAAAAUGAAAAAGCAAUCAUUAGUAAAUUUCACAAUUCAAUUAAAUUUUCUAUUAAUCAAUGUAAAAUUUGUAGAGAGGCAUGA